AUGGCGGCGGCGCUGCUGCUGCUGCGGGAGCUCUCCGUGUCAGCCGCUUGGACGGGGCGCCUCGCUCCGAGAGCAGCCGCCGGUGGGGCCUGUUCGGCUCGGGGCAGGUCACUGAACACUUCCACACGGCAGCUGACAGAGGACCAAGCCCAGGACAGGCAGCUCAUCACGGUCGAUGAAAAAUGGGACAUUACACCAUUAACUGGUGUACCGGAGGAGCAUAUUAAAACCAGAAGAGUUCACAUUUUUGUUCCAACCCGUAAUGCCAUGCAAGCGGGUGUAAACAACACCAAAAAGUGGAAGAUGGAAUUUGACACACGGGAGCGCUGGGAAAACCCACUGAUGGGAUGGGCGUCUUCGGCAGAUCCCAUGUCCAAUCUGCUUGUAACUUUUGCUACAAAAGAAGAAGCUAUCGCCUUUGCUGAAAAAAAUGGCUGGAGCUAUGAUGUUCAAGAGCGGAGGAUUCCAAAACCUAAAUCCAAGUCUUAUGGUGCAAACUUUUCUUGGAACAAAAGAACAAGGGUGUCCACAAAAUAGGUUGGCAUUGGCUGUGUCUCUGCGUCUGACUGUGAAUAAAGUCAGCUGUGCUUGUAUUUAUAGUCCAUGUAUAAUACAUCUCUUAAUCUCCUAAUAAAUUUGACCUUUAAACUA